GGGGUGGUGACGUCACCGCAUGACUGGGUUUUUAUGAAUGAAAGGAAUCCUGUGAGUGAGUAAUUCCGGGAAGCUCGCCUUACAACUCUGCGCGGCCCCGGCCCCCUGUGCCGCCCGCCUCACAACAAAACUCAGCGUCGCACUCCCGGGAGUUCGGUUCGGAGCGACCUGCGGUUCGGACCAUAGAGGACGCAGACCAGAGGACCGGCUGGGACAGCAGACGGGACAACAGCGAAACGCGCGCGCGCGAGGCGCUCCAGGCCAAGGCAGCCGAGAGGCGGGUCUCCAGCCCGGAGGACACCUUCCGCAAACAUGUCUGGGGACCCCUUAUCCAGCAAAGCCCUGAAGAUAAAGCGUGAGCUGAGCGAGAACACACCACACCUGUCAGACGAGGCGCUGAUGGGGCUGUCAGUGCGUGAGCUGAACCGACACCUGCGAGGGCUUUCGGCCGAGGAGGUGACUCGGCUCAAGCAACGGCGCCGCACGCUCAAGAACCGCGGCUAUGCCGCCAGCUGCCGCGUGAAGCGCGUGUGCCAGAAGGAAGAGCUGCAGAAGCAGAAGUCGGAGCUGGAGCGCGAGGUGGACAAGCUGGCGCGUGAGAACGCUGCCAUGCGCCUGGAGCUCGACGCGCUGCGCGGCAAGUGCGAGGCGCUGCAGGGCUUCGCGCGUUCGGUGGCCGCGGCCCGCGGGCCAGCCGCGCUAGUGGCGCCUGCCAGCGUUAUCACUAUCAUCAAGUCCACCCCAGGUCCGGGGUCUGGAUCCGCCCCCGGCCCAGACCCCGCCCCGGGCCCGGCUGCCUGCUCCUAGUCCCCGCCCCGCCUCGCCCUGUUCCCCAGCCAUGCCCCAUACCCCAGCCACGCCCCUCCAGCCUCAUCUCUCUCCCCAAAGUGCCUGAGCGCUGUGUCUCUGUGACCAGGUCCCAUUUCUUACAGCCAGCAGCCCCUGUGGUAAACACAUUCCCUCCCUGGGCCCUGUCUUCUUCAUGUAGCCCCUGAAAGUGGGACCUAAUGGUCCAACAUUGGUGGGUGGAAGUUCUAGAUAUAGCAUUGUCCUUGGUUGAAGCUUCAACUUCUUAGACCGCUAAGAAUGCAAUACAGAGCUGGCUCAGAGAGGAGCUUUGGGGAAAAAGAGGGCACCCCUUAAUUUGGAAACUACUCUAAUUGUGCCCAUAUGCCCUCCAAACCCUCCCAGGAUCCAGGACUCGGUUUCACUGUCCUGCUGGGAGACUGCACUGAAGAGAUUCCUCCACCUCUGCUUUGGGCCCCAAGGUGGCUGGAUUUCCAAAGCUAGGAGAGGGGUUAGACAUAACUAGUGGAGCCCAGUUAACAGAUGGGGAAACAGCCUCCAGUGGAUCCAAGGCCACAAUCCCCUUAGUUGAGCUGGAACCAGCAGCUGAGUUUUCUUACUGCUGCCCCAAGACACCCACUGUGGGGACAGUGGACAGGACUGAAAAGGUGGUAAGAAGCCCUCCCUGGCCUGGGAGACAGCUCUCUAAAAGGGAAGGGCAGAGAAGUAGAGGGACAGAGAAGGUGACACAGAUGGAGGAGUGGGAAGGAGCUGGCCUGGCUCAGCCCUGGGCUCUCCCUGCAGUCAGGUGCCCCGGAGACAGCCAGCCAGGGAAGAAAGGGGGACUUGGCAGUGACUGCCGUGGCAGAUGGGAAUUUGAGACAGAUCCUGUAGUCCUGCAGCCUAGAGUGGGGUCUUUGGAAGUAAGGGUCCCACCUGGACCCUGUGAGUAUCCACUGUGGGGUGGGGGCAGGCCACAGUUAUUGCCAUUUUCCUGGCAGCCUGCCCCAGCUCCUCCUUGACACUGUCUGUAUACAGCUGCCCUCCCCGCUGUUUAUUUAUUGCACAAAUGAAUCUAAGUUAUUCUCCCCAGCCAGAGCCUUGCUUCCACUCCCUGGAAAAGUGGAUGUGGCCCUGAGCUGGACUUUAUAUUUUAUAUCUGCAAAUAAAUCACAUUUUAUCUUAUAUUUAGGGAAAACCGGAUGGCAACAACAAAAAAAUGCUUAAAAAAAAUUGCCCGGCCCCUAGAAAUUUAUUUAUUUCUUGACUUACAGUAAGCGAGUUAUCCGCCUUCUGUAUUUUGUAGACUUUCUGAAUAAAGUCAAAUUCUCUUUUUCCACAGAGCAGUGUAUGUUCUGGGGUAUGUUUUGGGGCAGGGGAAGAGAGGGCUUCUGAAUAAGGGGCUUAAGAUGGGUUCUGUUCAGCUGCACCUAGGACCUCUGGAGGUAG